AUGAAGCUACUACUUCACAUUAUAAUUCUAAUAGUAACAAUUAAAGGAACAUACUACAAGAAAGUUCCGAGCACAUUACUGUCUGAAGUUAUGGAUAUCCUUGAGCAGAAAUCUUCAUCUAUUGAUUGGGACAUAACUGAUCUGGAUAAAAAUAUUCAACACUCACCUGAAGCCAAUCUAAGCAAGAAACUGAAAAUUAUUGCAGAACACAGAACAACAUUGGAUCUACCGGGAUUUAAAUCUUCAUUACCAUACAAUAAACUGCAAGGUCCUCCAACAUUGCCUGCUCUAAUCUGGGAAAUGUUAUUAGACAAGACCUCAGAGAAGAUCUAUGACAAGACCGGACUUCCAUAA